UCCAGACUUCUGAUAAUCUUUUACAAACAGAAGCAACGGCAUCAUCUGAAAGGUUAUUUUUGUAUAUUUUCAAUGCACAAAGAAUUGUUAUUUCAUCUUCAGUAGUUCUGCGUUUUGUAUCUGUUGUUUUCCUUCGUUUAGAUUAUGAUUCAAUG